AUGCGGAGAGGGGUCUUCUGUGAGCCUGGACUGCAAGAGCGUGAGGUGACCCUCAGUCUGGUGUGUCCUCUGGAGGUGUCAGUCAGUUCAGGGAGUAUCCAGGUUGCCCGGGGCCAGACAGCAGUAUUGCCCUGCACCUUCACCACUAAUGCUGCUCUCACUAACCUUAACGUUAUCUGGAUGGUCAUUCCUCUUUCUAACGCCAACCAGCCUCAACAGGUUAUUCUCUACCAAGGGGGUCAGAUCUUUGGUGGUGCACCCCAGUUCUAUGGACGAGUGGGGUUUGCUGUGACAAUGCCAACCACCAGUGCCUCCAUCUUCAUCAACAACACUCAGCUAUCGGAUACUGGCACAUACCAGUGUUUGGUCAACAAUCUUCCCGACCGAGGCGUCAGGAAUAUUGGAGUCAUUGGACUUACUGUCUUGGUUCCUCCUUCUGCCCCGCUUUGCAGAAUCCAGGGAUCCCUGGACGUGGGCAGCGAUAUCACACUGACCUGCAGCUCGGAAGAAGGCAUCCCCCGGCCAACAUACCUCUGGGAGAAACUGGACAAUAUUCCCAAGUUGCCCCCAACUGCCACACAAGACCAAGUCCAGGGCACUGUCACUCUCCGAAAUAUCAGCACUGUGUCCUCAGGUCUUUACCAAUGUGUGGCUUCAAAUGCCAUUGGAACCAGCACUUGCCUUCUGGACCUGCAAGUCAUUGCACCCCACCCCCGGAGCAUUGGCCUGAUUGCGGGAGCGGUGGCCACAGGUGCUGUUGUGCUCGUUGUUUGCAUUGUGUUGGUGGCCGUGGCACUGUUUUACUGGAAAAAUAAACACAAAGAAGAAGAAGAAGAGGAGAUUCCCAAUGAGAUAAGGGAGGAUGACCUGCCGCCCAAAUGCUCCUCCGCUACAAAGACAUUCCACGCUGACGCGUCCUCAUCGGAGAACGACACCCUCACCUCCUCCAACACCUACAACAGCCGCUACUGGAACGACCCCAAAGCAAACCAUGCCACAGACUCCUUCACUCGCUUCAGCAACAGCAACGAUGCCCACCAACCCCCCUUCUCCCGCUCAGGGAGCACGAGCACUCGCCCUGUCUAUGCCAAUGGUGGCCACCCAUCCCCGGCUCCCCCUAAGACGCUGGUGGUGACGGCCAGCACAGCGCCGUCCCCUCAGGAGGUGAUCCGGAGCAACGGCUCGGUCAGCAGAAGGCCGCGGCCACCGCACACCCGUUCCUAUGCUGUCAGCCAGGCCACGCUGGAGCGGAUUGGGGCUGUCCCCGUCAUGGUGCCCGCCCAGAGCCGGGCCGGCUCCCUUGUGUAG